GCGCGGCGAGUUCCCCUACAUGGCGCUGGUGGCCAACAUGUGGGGAGAGUGCUCCGCUGUCAUUUUGUCGACACACGCCGUUAUGGGUCCAUCUUCCUGCUUGCCGCAGGGGUAUCCCAUGAAUGGUCGUGUCGAAGCUGGAAGCGGCAAGUUCAAGACUGCGCAGGAUUUCGGUGACGAACCAUCACAAGGGAGGAUAAUCGACAGGUUCAUAAAACGGAAACGUGAGAAACGAGACAGUGACAGUCUCAUGAUUAUGAAGCUCCUGGAACCCUUCUAUUUUACUCCGUUUGUCCAAGCCAUACACGUUGCUACAAAAACAAGGAGGUGGAUUGCGAGGAAACUGAGGGAAAUAAAUUAUAUCGCCCAUAUGAAGCCGCAUGAAGGUGACCGCGGCGCCGACAUCCGGUCCAGGUCAUCCGCAGACUCUUGGCACGGCGACUUCUGCGCGCGCUGGCCGUCCGCGGGGCUGUUUGCGCUCGCCUGCGCUCUCUGCUAGCCUGGGAACACGACUGCAGGCCGCCCCUGCAUCAGCGCUCCACACACGCUUACUUUGGUUCUUUGUAGUGCUAUACUAUAGCUGGUCCUUGUAGCCGCC